AUGUUUAACGCCCUUUUCAAAAGUAAAAACAAACCGGCUGAUGAGUUAACGUCGACAAAAGAAAAUAUCGAAUCGAAUAAGAGAAGACCUGACAGUACAGAUUAUUAUAACAGGAGUGAUGUAGAGGUGGAUGGGAAUAAUAAUAAUAAUGAUGAGAGUGACAAAGGAAAAAUCAAAAACAAUGUAGAAGUAUAUGAACAAAGUAUACAAGGUAAGGAAACAGAAGUAUUAUCGUAUAACGAACAUCGAAAUGACGAAAAUAAUGAUUGUAUAGAAAAUAAUUAUGAACAAAGGAGUAAAGAAAAAUCGAUAGACAGGAACAGCGAAAAAAGACAUGAAAUGAACAAUGAUGAAAAUAAUGUUGUUAUAGAUAGCAUAAAUGAAAUAAUGAAUGUGAGCUCAAGUUUUAGUUCAAUUGAUAGGAGCAGCAAUCAUCAGAGGAGCAAACACCGCAGAAGGAGAAGAAGUAGAGACAGAAAGAGACAUAGAAGUAGGGGUAGGAGGAGACACAAAAGUACGUCUAGAAGUAGGGAUAGAAGUAGGGAUAGAAGUAGGGGUAGAAGUAGGGAUAGAAGUAGGGAUAGAAGUAGGGGUAGAAGUAGGGGUAGAAGUAGGGGUAGAAGUAGGGGUAGAAGUAGGGGUAGAAGUAGGGGUAGAAGUAGGGGUAGAAGUAGGGACAGAGACAAAGACAUGCAUAGACACAGGCACAGACAUAGGCACAGGCAAAGAAGCCGGGAUAGGCAUAGGAGCAGGGAUAGGCAUAGGAGCAGGGAUAGGCAUAGGAGCAGGGAUAGGCAUAGGAGCAGGGAUAGGCAAAGAAGCCGGGAUAGGCAUAGAAGCAGGGAUAGGCAUAGGAGCAGGGAUAGGCAUAGAAGAACGUCAAGUAAUGCUCUUCAAAGGUAUAGCACAAACAGGGGAAGCAACAGAAGGAGUAACGAAGAGAGCAAUAGAGGGAGUGUUCUCAGUUCGAGUGUUUUUCCAAAGAGUGAAAAAAGAAGGAGAAGCAUUUCGUUUGGACAGAAUGAUGAUGCAAGGGAUAGGGAUGAAGCAGUUAACACUAAUGUGAACAGUAAUAGUAAUAUUAAUAGUAAUACAAUUGCGCAAAGGGUAAGAGGGGGAUAUAACACAAAUAAUGAGUCGAAUGAAACGAAUGGUCCCAAUGAAUUGAACGAAUUGCCAGAACUAUAUGAUUUUGAUGAGGAUCACUGGAAAAAUAAACGCAUCAGAAAGGAUCUAGUACAAAAUAAUCAUCUCACAUAUUCGAUGUUAAACAGAAAUAAAGAAUUGCCGCAAUUGUCAAAUGACAAAGAAAAGAAGGAGGAUAGUUUAUCAGAGAACAGUGAUAUUGAAGAUUUGUCUGAAGGUCAACUGUUAAAAAGACUUAUGGGUAUAAGCGAAUUUGCAUCGACAGAUAAUAAAUGUCAUAAUGAAACGGACAUUUCAGGCAUUAACAGAAGAACAAAAAGAAAAUAUAGACAGUACAUGAACAGGAGGGGUGGAUUCAAUAGACCAUUAUCCCCUGCCUUCUAG